UGACUUUUGUAAAAACAAACAUCGAAUGUCACGAAUGUCAACGCGCCUCAAUAAAAAUAUUUACGUUCAAUUUAAAUGAGUUUCUGAGAGAAAGUGAAUAAUAUCAAAUCGGUGAAACAUAAUUAAAACAUAAUGCCAACAAUAGUGGUAUUAGAUGUGUCAUUAUCAAUGACAAGAUUCAUUCCCGGGCAGAGUGAAGAACAGAUUACUUAUCACCAAUUGGCCGUCCAAGGAAUUAAUCAGUUUUUGGAUUAUUUGUCAUCGACAUCGAAACUGGAAUACGUUUCACUGCUCGUCUAUUCGUCGUUAUUUGAAAUCAUCGUCGAUUUUACCAGGGACUACGAUGCUAUCAAACAAGCUCUUACGAAAAUUGAUCACUACGACAAAACAUCCAUCGCAAACAUGUUGACUGCCGUUAACAAUAUCCUAUUAUCGAAUUGGGGAUCUCAGAAUUUUUGCCAGAUUCUUGUGUUCACUGACUGUGGCAUAGGAUUCGGGUCGACUUCACUCGCAAGUGCUAUUGCCAGCAUCAAAAUGGCCAAGACAAAGAAAGACCCGUCGCAAGGAUUAAUCUUACCAUUUUCCUACACCAGUAAGCUCAGUUUCAUAUGUCUCGGGUCUACAGAAGAUCAAUAUUUUCAAACUGCCGUUAAGCUGUACCAAGAGUUGCUGGAUGUCAGUGGUCAGAAAGGUUUUCUUUUCAUUCCGAAACGAAAGAGCGACGUGGAUUAUGUGAAAAAGGAGGAGAAAACUACGGUCACAAGUCCUCUGUCUGUACAAUCAAUCAACGAUUUGGUAGCAAAGAUGUGUGAAACGAAUUUUAAGCAAUUUGAAGCUGUUCUGAAAUGCGGUGGUUACUUCAAACUCGAAUCAUUGAUCAACAUUUGGCCGGCACCAUUGCCAUACACCAACAAAGAAACGGAUGUGACGAGUAUAAUUUCGCGUAAGCUGGAAAUAUGCGGAUUCGUCAGUCUUUCCGAUAUUGGUUCACCCAUGUCCAUUAGUCGCCAUUUGAUUCUGCCGAAAAUGGAUCAAGUUAACAAAAAAUUCAGCAAGUCUGAGGCGGUCAAUGAAUACGAAAAACUAGAGGCUGACAUCAAAAUGUUCUAUUCGAAAAGCGAUGGUGCGAAUUCGGAUGAUGAGAGUCCUCCAUGUCAAGCCAAUGAGUUGGCUAAAGAAUCGGUAUGCGUUCUGUUGCACGGUGCGUUGAAAGUGGAAAAUAUGGCCGCAUUAAUUUUACUGAAUGAAAACUGGUUCGGUUUCAUCUAUUCGUAUGCGGAUAGCAAAAAGAAGUCAAAUUUGAUGCUGACGGUGCUGCCACCAGGUCAUGAUGUAAUACCAUGGCUGGGCGAUUUACGAUACGUUGGGAACAUUGAAGACACCCAGCAAGACAAUGCUGUGUUUCCAGUCAAGCCGAUCGACAAACGGAGCUAUUCACAAAACUGUGUGGUCUGGAUCAAACAAGCUGGACUUCAAUCAGAUAUUCAGAAGGUGCUACGACAUGCAAAGAAACUUCCGGAGAAAACGCAAAAUUUUUACAAAGAACUCAACCGCAUACGACGAGCCGCAUUGAGUUUGGGAUUCGUCGAGUUACUUGACGGUCUAUCCAGUUUGUUUGAAAGGGAAAUCGCUUUGCUCCCGUCGAAUGCGAGUCCUGAUUGUGCGCUACAGUUAAAGCACACCGCAAUGGAAUUGAGAAAACUUACCAAUCGAGAUCUUAAGACAAUGAUAACUGCACUACCAUCGAAGUAUAAUCAGUUGUGAGAAUUAGAGAUGCAUUAAAUCGAAAUUUUAUUCCAACUAAAA